AUGCCUGGCAACUGGGAUCAAGAUGUCCUUCGCGCUCAGUUCUGUCACGCGCUCUCCAAUGUGUACAAAAGCGAGGUUCCCUUGUAUGGAGAUCUCGUUGAUCUUGUUUGGGAAGCAGACGCAAAGACUAUCCAAGCCAGUCAGGGUCGAGAAGGGAAGCAGACUAUUGAUCCUGAUGAUAUUCUGCCAUCACGGCACCGAGUGGAAAGACAUGGUGCUAUUCGACUAGGAACCGCCCAAGAACUGAGCACAAUCCGCCGCAUGUUUGCUGUCAUGGGAAUGCACCCGGUAGGAUAUUACGAUUUGAGCCUAGCCGGGUUCCCCAUGCAUGCUACAGCCUUUCGACCUAAGACCCGUGAUGCUCUGACUCAACAUCCUUUCCGAGUAUUCACUACAGUUUUGAGAAUGGAUCUCUUGACUGGGCAAACGAGACAGCUGGCAAAGAAGGCUCUGGACCAAAGGAACAUCUUCACUCCCAGACUUCUAGCUCUUUUGGAUAUCGUGGAUACCAAGGGGUCAUUAUCUGCAGCUGAAUGUGCUGAGUUUAUCAUCAAUGGGCUUGAGACUUUUAGGUGGCAUUCAAAAGCAACAGUAACUCUGGAUGAAUACAAGAUACUCAAAGCGGAGCAUCCACUUAUCGCCGACAUUGUCUCUUUUCCCAGUUCUCAUAUUAAUCACUUGACGCCUCGCACCAUCGAUAUUGAUCUAGUUCAACAACUCAUGGUAGACCAUGGGAUGCCUGCCAAAGAGCGAAUAGAGGGCCCUCCAAAACGAGAAUGUCCGAUUCUUCUCAGACAGACCAGCUUCAAGGCUCUUGAAGAGACGGUUUAUUUCCGAGAUACAUCCGACACUUAUGUCAAAGGGUCCCAUACUGCCAGAUUUGGCGAAGUGGAACAACGAGGCUAUGCCUUAACUCGGAAAGGAAGACAGCUCUACGAUCAGAUUCUGGAUCGAGUCAAUGCCGAGUCAGCAAAGAAUAAUAUCAAACAAGCCGCCUAUGAAGAACUUCUAGAAGAUCACUUCAAGGCCUUUCCAGAUACCAUGUCUGCCUUGCGUGGUCUUGAUCUAGCAUACUUUUUCUAUCAAUUGACCCCAAAGGCUGAAGAUCUGGUGAAGGAGAAUCAUGAUACUUCCUUUGAGGAUUGCUCGGCAUCGGUUCAGGAGCUCUUGGAAAAAGGCCUAUUGAACUACGAGCCUCUCACCUACGAGGAUUUCCUACCAUUGUCCGCGGGCGGUAUUUUCAACUCAAAUCUGGGCAAUGUUUCGCAAUCAAAACAGCUAAUAAUGAGUGCUGAACCUGAUAUUGAUGGAUUCCAACUCUGUCUUGGAGCUCCAGUUGCGGAUGAAUUCCAUCUAUACGAGGAAAUGCAGCGGGAGUCAUUGGAGAAUUGCAGACAACGACUUGGCUUGAACAAACUCAUCCUUUAG